AUACUCUUUGCUGACCUCCACGCUUACCUAGACAACAUGAAGGCUCCCUGGGAGCUGCUGAAGUGGCGCACCCGCUAUUACGAGAACGUGAUCAAAGCCAUGCUGGAGAGCAUUGGAGUGCCCCUGGAAAAACUGAAGUUCGUCCAGGGCACUGACUACCAGCUCAGCAAGGAGUACACGCUGGACGUGUACCGCCUCUCCUCCGUGGUGACGCAGCACGAUGCGAAGAAGGCCGGAGCGGAGGUGGUGAAGCAGGUGGAGCACCCUUUGCUGAGUGGUUUGCUCUACCCAGGCCUUCAGGCCCUGGAUGAGGAGUACCUCAAGGUCGACGCACAGUUUGGAGGAGUUGAUCAGAGGAAGAUAUUCACCUUUGCAGAGAAGUACCUUCCUUCCCUGGGCUAUGCCAAGCGCAUCCAUUUGAUGAACCCGAUGGUUCCUGGUCUGACAGGCAGCAAAAUGAGCUCCUCAGAAGAGGACUCGAAGAUUGAUCUUCUGGACAGCAAGGAAAAUGUGAAGAAGAAGUUGAGGAAGGCUUUCUGUGAGCCAGGGAAUGUGGAGAACAAUGGUGUCCUCUCCUUCAUCAAGCAUGUCCUCUUCCCCCUCAAGUCAGAGUUUGUGGUUCUGCGAGAAGAAAAAUGGGGAGGAAACAAAACUUACACAGCCUAUGAGACCCUGGAGAAGGACUUUGCGGAGCAGAUCGUGCAUCCUGGAGACCUGAAGAACUCGGUGGAAGUGUCCCUGAACAAACUGCUGGACCCCAUCAGAGAGAAAUUCAACACCCCAGAACUGAAGAAGUUGACCCACAUGGCGUAUCCCAAAGACAAACCUGUAGAGAAGCACACCAAGAACUGCGAGCCAGAUGGCGAGGUGAUCCCAUCCCAGCUGGACAUCCGCGUUGGCAAAGUGAUCAGUGUGGAAAAGCACCCGGAUGCGGACAGCCUCUACGUGGAGAAGAUUGACGUGGGUGAGCCUGAGCCCCGCACCGUGGUCAGCGGCCUGGUGCACUUCGUCCCCAAGGAGCAGCUGCAGGACAGGCUCGUGGUGCUGCUUUGUAACAUGAAGCCCAAGGCAAUGAGGGGUGUGGAGUCGCAGGGCAUGGUGCUGUGUGCCUCAAGCACGGGGGAGCCGCGGCAGGUGGCCCUGGCCCCACCAGCCGGGUGCUGCCCUGGGGACCGCGUCUAUGUGGAGGGCUACGAGGACGGGGACCCCGAUGACGAGCUCAAACCGAAGAAGAAGGUCUUUGAGAAGCUGCAGGUCAACUUCCGUGUCUCUGAGGACUGUUUCGCCCAGUGGAA